AUGCUUGCGUUAGGAUUAUACAAAAGAGGAUUGCUCAAAAGUGUUCCCAGAGUAAGGUUCAAUUCCUCGUCGUCAUCAGCCUCAGGAACAACUCCGUUUUCGUGGGCAGACUAUUUCCAGUUGAAGAAGCAGAAUAACAGAAUCAAUUUCGUGAGUGGGAUUUUCACUGGUAUUGGAGGAUCACUUCUCACACUUGGCUACUUGGGCAACAUCGAAAUCGAUGUCGAGAAACCUAUAAUGGGAUUUGACCCCAUCAUGGUUAUGGGCGGUGCUGUUAUUCUUGGCGGGUUUGCCGGGUAUUUGGUUGGACCGUUUAUUGGGCAGUUUGUGUUUCAAGUCAUGAACAAGUCCAGGUUGCGCCAGUAUGACGCAAAGAAUAGUUUCUUCCUAUCGAGAUUGAAGAACAAGAGACCCGAUCCGUCUAGUCAAAGUUUCUCGAAUCCAAUCCCCGACUACUACGGUGAAAGGAUCUACUCGUUGAAGGACUAUAGACAGUGGUUGAGAGAUUGCAACGCUUUCAGAAGAAAAGCAAAAGAAUUCCUUUGA